UUGAACGAAAAAAGUGAGGUUGACAAGCACAAAGCUCGUUUGGUAGCUAAGGGCUACAAGCAGAAGCAUGGCAUUGAUUACAAAGAGGUGUUUGCCCCAGUUGCGAGGCACGACACGAUUAGGUUAGUGAUCUCUCUUGCAGCUCAAAAUUCCUGGCAAAUUUUUCAGUUAGACGUGAAGUCAGCAUUCCUGCAUGGAAACCUGCAAGAGGAGGUGUACAUUGAUCAACCACCUGGUUAUGAGAGAAAAGGAGAAGAAGAGAAGGUGUUCAAACUAAAGAAAGCACUCUAUGGACUGAAACAAGCACCUCGAGCUUGGUACAGUCGCAUAGAUGCUCACUUUGCUAAGCUUGGAUUUCACAAAUGUCCUUUUGAGCACACACUUUAUGUCAAGACUGAGGAAGAAGGUAAAAUACUCAUGGUUUGCUUGUAUGUUGAUGACUUGAUAUUCACUGGAAGUGAUGCUAAAAUGUUUGAUGAAUUCAAGAAGUCUAUGAUGAUGGAGUUUGAAAUGACUGAUCUAGGAUUAAUGCACUAUUUUCUUGGAUUGGAAGUCAUUCAAACUACUGCUGGUAAUUUCAUCUACCAGAAAAAAUAUGCACAGGACAUUCUUAACAGGUUUCAGAUGGAUGACUGCAAGCCAUUUGGAACUCCAGCUGAAUACGGCUUAAAGCUAUGCAAAGACAAAGGUGGAAAGGAGGUUGACAGCACUUUCUAUAAACAGAUAAUUGGGAGUCUCAUGUAUUUAACAUACACGAGGCCUGACAUCAUGUAUGCAGUGAGUCUUGUGAGCCGAUAUAUGGAAAAACCAACUGAAAUGCAUCUCAAUGCAGCAAAGAGAAUUCUCAGGUAUGUAAAGGGGACAAUUGAUUAUGGUGUGUUUUAUAAAAGGGAAGAUGGUUCUGGUUUUGUUGGGUACACAGAUAGUGACUAUGCAGGUGAUAUAGAUGAUCGUAAGAGCACUUCCGGUCACAUAUUUCUGCUCAACUCUGGUGCAAUAUCGUGGUCCUCAAAGAAGCAACAAAUUGUGACGCUUUCCUCAACAGAAGCUGAAUAUGUAGCAGCAGCUGCAAGCUCCUGUCAAGCUAUGUGGCUUAGGAAAAUAUUUGAAGUGCUUGGUAAUGUUCAAAAGGGACCAACAACCAUCUACUGCGACAACAUUUCAACUAUAAAGCUAUCGAGGAAUCCAGUCAUGCAUGGGAGAAGUAAACACAUUGAUGUACGUUUUCAUUUCUUGCGUGAUCUGUGCAGUGAUGAGAAGAUUGUACUUGAAUAUUGCAAGAGUGGGGAGCAGGUUGCAGACAUCUUAACUAAGCCUUUGAAGCAACCUGCGUUUGAGAAGCUGAGAAGCAUGUUGGGAGUUUGUUCAUUUCAAAGCAUUGAACAGGAAGAUGAUUAUGUGAUGGUGUAGAGAUCCUAAACUGUUUUUCGUAAAAUCAGUUUAAGGGAGGGUGUUAAAAGUUAUUUAGUUAAGUUUAAUUAGUUUGUUAAUUAAAUAAUGCUGACAUGGCCAUGUAGAGACCAAGUCAAGCUGAAAUCCUAGAAUGUAGAAGUAGUGGUUUAGUCUGUUCACCACGUUCAAAUUUGCUUCCGUUGCUUAAGGUAGUUGAACUCCACAAAAUCUGCACUCGUGUGUUAGUGGUUAUUGUGGAGAUUGUUAUUUUGUAAGCUUUGUUAUUUCAGGUAUAUAUAAGAGAGGAAAACUGCAGUAUUCUUGAGCUGUGAAAUACGUUUGCU